UGGGGGAAAAAAAAGGAAAAGCGCGAAGCCGCGAACAAUAGAAGACUCGGACCUCCCCCGAUCCCCCCGCCGCCGCCGUCCCGCCCUCCCAAGAGGCGCUUCUCCACCUUCCGCUUCCGGCUUCCACGUUUUUACCUCUCCGUCCGUCGGUCCGCCCGCGCGCGUAACCCCAUCAUUGCGCCAUCACCCAGCCACCCGCAUUGGCCAUCGCCGCGCCGGACGACCAGACCAAAUGCCACCGAUCGCCAUAAUGGCGGGCAGGUACGAGUAGGAAGGAGAGGGGGGUAUGGGUAUACACUGCCCGCCUGCUCCAUCACUCCACUCCAGUCUCCAGAGACCUCUGAAGAGCCCGCGUCGUACUUGUACCCGUUCGUUCGCGCGCCCGCAGCGUAGCGCAGGCACGCCACGCGAUGGGGUGCAAGGGGUCCAAGCUUGACGACCAGGAGGCCGUCGCGCUCUGCCGCGCCCGCGCCGAGCUGCUCGCCGCGGCCGUCCGCCACCGCUACGCGCUCGCCGACGCGCACGCGGCCCUCGCGGACUCCAUCGACUCGGUCGCCGCGCCGCUGCACCGCCUCCUCCGUCUGCAGGCUCAGCCGCGGGGGCUCGUACUGCCCUCCGCGCGCAAGGGCGGUGGCGCGCCCGCGAACCGGUUGCUGCCGCGCUCCUUCGACCCGUCCUCGGCGCUGCCUGCCCACGGCCAUUCCUCGCAACCCCAGUUCGGCGCGUCGCCGGGAUCCGAGCCGGCGCCGACGGCCGACUCGCCUCCGCGCCGCCGCCGCCGCGUACCCGAGCAGCUGCCGCACCCGCAUUACGCCGCGUACGGGUACGACUACGCGACGCAGCCCGCGUACGCGUAUCCGGCGCCGGCGAGCUCGCUGCAGUUCUACUACGCUCGCAGCCGCCCGCCCCCCGCGUCAGUCGCCGUCACGCAGCGCGCGCCGGGGACGUCGGAGCGCGUGCACUUUGGCUCGUUCGACGCGGCGGGCGGCUACCCGCAGCACUACGCCUACAGCGCCCAGCGGGCCCAGGCCCCGCCUCCGGUUGCGCCGCAGCGGUCUGCUCCGCCUUCGCCUCCGAAGGCGAGCUCGUGGGACUUCCUGAACGUGUUCGAGAACUACGACUCGUACGAACACGACAGCUACUACUACGACUCCGCCACGGCACCUGCUGCGCCCGCGGCGCCGUUCAUGCCGAGCCGGAGUUCGCGGGAGGUGCGCGAGGAGGAGGGUAUUCCGGACCUAGAAGACGACGGCGAGGAAGACAGCGUGGGCGUGGUCGUGAAAGAGGUGGCCGGGCAGUACUCAGCACCUGGGAAUGGCGGUGCCCGUAGCCGGCGCAACUCGCUCGGCGGUGCCAGUAGCACCGCCGAGCUCGACCAGCCGGAGAAUGCUAUCGCCCAUAAGGACGUCAUCGGCGAGUUUCGGCGAAGGCCAACAGCACAUGGUAAUGUGUCGGUGCACGCGCCACCACCUCCCGCGCGGAGGGUCGUCGACAAUGCGAGUGUAGCUGGCGAAAUCAAGGCACAGCUUGUCCGCACGGCCGAGGCGGCUAGGCAGCUCGCGCCGAUGCUCGAAGUCGGAAGGCCAAGCUACCAAGGCCGCAGCUCAGUCUACCAAUGUUCCUCAAAGAUGAUGUCGGCUAUCUCCGUGGCUCAUUUGGGGUGCAAAGACAUGGACGUGUUGGACGUCGGAGUGGUAGGGAAGAUGGUGGACACGCGGAGCCUAUCCUCGGCACUUGACAAGCUCUAUUUCUGGGAGAGGAAGCUGUAUGCUGAGGUCAAGGCUGAGGAGAAAACGCGCCUACUUAUUGCCAAGAACUCCAAGCGACUGAAAUUAUUAGAUCAAAAGGGUACAGAGCCUGAAAAGAUAGAUGAAACUCGAAAUUUGUUGAGGAAGCUUUCAACAAAGAUAAGGAUAGCUGUGCGCGUUAUUGCCAAGAUUUCAAGAAAAAUAAACAAAUUAAGGGAUGAGGAAUUGUGGCCACAAGUUAACGCUUUGAUUCAAGGGUUUGUACUAAUGUGGCAAGAUAAAUUGGACGCGUACCAUAGUCAGUGUCAAGUGAUAUCAGAAGCCAAAAACUUUACUUCGGUUUUGUCAGGUGGAAAUGGCCAGGAUUUGGUGUUAGAGCUUGAGGUAGAGCUGAUUAAAUGGAUCAUCAGUUUUUCUUCUUGGGUGAAUUCACAAAGGAACUUUGUAAAGGCACUGAAUGGAUGGCUAGCACUCUGUCUUAACUAUGAGCCUGAGGAUAAUACUACUGGAGCUCCAUCUUACUCACCAGGAAGCAUUGGUGCUCCACUGGUUUUCGUUACCUGCAACAAAUGGUCUCAAGCCAUGGAUCGGAUUUCUGAGAAGGAUGUGGUUAAUGCCAUGCAAGCUCUAGUGUCUAGCGUGUGGCACCUAUGGGAGCAGCAGUAUCUUGAGCAAAGUGAACAAAUAAUCUCGAUGCGAGAAAGGGAAAAAUGGAUCAAGAUUUUAGAGAGAAGAACCCAGGAUAUUAAUAAGGAGGCUGAUGAGCUAAACAAGAAGUUGGCGUUAAUACCAAGCCGGCAAAGGAUGCAUGUGCCUCGGAGAGUACAACUGUAUGAGGCGCACUGUGUUGAGGCAAGUAACUUGCACAUAAAUCUGAGGCUGGUUCUUGAAGCUUUAGAGAACUUUGCUGCCAAUUCACUGCAAGCUUUCCAGGAUGUGGCAAAAAGUGCUGAAGGGACAAGACUGCCAAGAGAUAAUGUGAGAAGAGAGCACCGUAGUUCGGAAAGAAGUUCAAACUACAAAACUAGCUAGUUAGAUUUGAAUCUAUUCUUAUCUAGGUGGGAUGAAAAUAUAAUGUGAGGAGAGAUGCAGAUCUGGUAGCGUUCAGGUGUGGUGGCUUCCUGUGCAGAUGAAACUUGGAUGGGGUCUUGCAUUGUGCCACAGGUAAAACAACUUGAAUGGGGUUUUGAGCUGUUGAAGAUCUGACAUUGAAGAAGUUUGGGGGUGAGUGAUAGAAUUUUUUUUGGGGGGCAAGAAUUAAAAGAAAUCCUACCAGAAAGAGAGUUUGGACAGUGUUCAGGUUCGUUGUUUGCCUUGGUUCAGGGACGUGUAUAUACCCCUCGUGGCCUCGUUGAACAACCGCGAGGUUAUACUGGGUGCGAAGACCGAGCAGAAAUAUGCGGUACGGCUGUCGCUUCUACGAAUGGUCCUCUCCAAAAUCAAAGCAGUUGGAUUUUGGUUACAUGUGCAUUCCUGAACGAUCUUUUGCCACACGAACUUGUACAUAUUUAUGGUGUAUCUGCAAUCAUCUUACUUUGCAGAAGUCUUGUAGGCCGGUAGCAAUUGAGCUGUCCGUGUUUCCAGCAGACUCUGAAUUUGUUGUUUCCUGUAAAUUACAUUUUAACUUUUCCUUCUCCAAGACAAUGCUAACGCAAACAGUUUGGCAGCAAAACGAACUGAAAAGAGGGACUCCUCACGGUGGACGCAUCGUCGCUGACGGAUUGGUGGAUUCUGUUAGCAUGUGAAGCUACGAAGCUAUGUCUUACAUUUAUAUUAAGAGAUCAUUAAUAUAAACUUAGGUCGGUUAAUUAUAUCAGGUUUAUCUUCAAGC